GCCUCCAGAUGUCCUGAUAAGCAGUUACCUUGAACAUCGCCGGCGAUUUAUUUGUCAGUAUACUUUUAACAAGUUAGAAAACAUCGCAAUAAAUCUGAUUUUGCAAUUAAACAUCAUUACAAAAUGGACACAAGGAUUUGUUUUCUGUUGUUCACAAUUUCACCAUGCAUCGCUCUGGAAUGCUCCAGCUGUGUGCACUUCGCAUUCGAAUACAUCAACAUGCCGGACGAUAUUGAAGGUGUACUAAACGAGCAGCUGUCGACCCUGGAAACUUUAAGAAACGAACAAUGUUUUAGAAACACAGCCCCGACAAAGAAUUGCGCAGUUGCUGGUCCAGGUUUCAAUGACACCUGUACUUGGUUUACAUUUACCAUGAAGUGUAUGGGAUUCACAGCCGCUAAUCUGCAUGAUACCGGAAUCACGGUUACAGUAGUGAACCGUCAGUGUAGCCCAUCGCCGAAAGACACCGUGGACACCUGCGUCAAAAAGGAUACACUAUACGCAAAGGAUCAAUUCGCCUUUUUACAGUCAGUCCAGUCUCUGGCCACAUUAUUUGAUUCCGUCGAAUAUAAUGGCGACUACUGCACCUCAUCAACCGGUUUAUUCCCUAAUACCCCAGGAGACACCAGCAAAAGAAACAGCGCUUCAUCGAAGAUGUUGUUGAUGCAAUCAGUUGCCAUUUUGUUAAUUGCUUCGUAUCUUGUGUAAAUCAUUAUACGAAUGCGUAAAUCCAGUGAAGGAAAUAGAUUAUGUUUUAGGGAUUUUCAGCAGUUUGCAUAUUGUAUGUUUAGACGAUGUUGGGAGAACUUAACAUUCAUUUGUUCCAGCGAUUGUUCGUUUUAGUUUAUUAAUUCGGUCAAUAGCCUUUGAUAUAUUACAAAAUGAAAUACGUUAGUUUUGUACUAUUCAUUCCUGUUACGCAAAUAAGAUAAUAUUCUGUUGAAAGUGCUUCCACUUUGUUUUGACAAAGGUCACAUAAAUGUUCUCCAAAGUUAUCAUACACAAUAGUGCGUUGAAUAUAAAUCUAGAUAAUAGAACAUGAGAAUAAAAACGAAAUUAAACAA